CGCUCGGUGCAGCGGCCGGGACGGGAGCGGCGGCCGCUCAGAGCUCGAGAGGUGCUGCUGCCGGACGGUGGGGUCGAGUGCCGCUCUAGGGCUGUAGCGAUGGCCGGCCGAGCCGUGCUGCUGCAGCUGGUGCUGCUGGUGCUGCUGGUACUGGUGCUGGUGCUGGAGGGUAGCGUGAACGCCAUGCCGCGCUCCGGAGGACCGAUUCUGUUCGUGGAGGAUCAGCUGGGCGCUGUGUUCCGUCGGUUUCCGACGCGCACCACGCGGACGUCCGUUUCGUCAAGGAGGGGGAGCAGCGAUCAGGAGCGACGCGACGGACUGGGCUUCUCGCCGCGGUUCCGCCGUUUGGAGCGACUGGAAGUUCCGCCGCCUCCUCGCCGUUCGAUCACUGAGGAGACCAAACCGGCGCGCAGAGCCUUCGCCGGGAGGAGAAGGUCAACAGUGUCGUCAUCGGCUAUUAUAUUUCCCGGCCAGGAGGGACAUGAGCUGCCAUGGGCGCCUCGAACAACAACUACCACGGAGCGGACGGUAGCAGAGCCAGUACCCGAGAAUCCUGUGGAGGGUCGCACUGAUACAACCCUGGCGAAUCUGGUGGAGACCAGGGAUGAGAUCACGCUGAAAAUUUCACCGGAGAAGAAGCAGGAAGGGGUGUUGGAGAAGGAGUUGCCGUUGGUUCCUGAGUGUGACGGAGUCCAGUUCUAUGCGCGGGACCCGUCAACGGGCAAGUGCCGGCCUCUGGCUAUGCGAUCCGGCUGUCCGAGCGGAGAGUGGUUUGUGUUGGACCGUGAGACGCGCGUGGCUGCCUGUCGACCUUACCCGUGCCCGCUCGGUCAGGCGAUGCUGGACGGCGCGUGUCAGAACCUGAGCGACUCGCGGUCCGUGUGCGCGCCCGGCAUGGUGCUGCAGGUGAACGAGUUUGGAGACGCCUGGUGCGACUGCCGCAAGGGCCGCGUGUUCUGGCCGGCCGAGCAGCGCUGCUACAUGGCCUACCUGCGCGGACCCUGCGCCGAAGGUCAGCAGUUGACCGUGGACGCCGAAGAGGCGGUGUGCGUCGCCAACCCGUGCGGCCGCGACGGCUGGGCGCGCUGGCCAGAGACGGGCCGCUGUCACCCGCUCUUCGACACCAGCGACGCGCCGUGCCCUCACGGCAGGAUGGAGGUCGAACCCGCCACACUGCGACUGGUCUGCAACGACGUCGUCGCCAACUCUGUGUUCUCAACACCGUCGGUGCCGUGCGCGGUCGGAAGUCGCCGCUCGCAGGGCGGUCGCUGCAAGCGGACCAUCAGGGCGGGCGGCGGGGCGCUCACCUUCAGACGAGGACCCUGCUCGCCGGGCUUCGUGGAAGCACCCGACGGUGGCUGCCGGAGAGAGAUCCGGCCCGGACCUUCGUUUCUCGGGUAGAGCGCGGCGCGCUUGGCCGUGAGCCAGUAAAACGUCGCGUGAGACUCUGUGACUGGGACGCUAUAAUGGUGACCAGUUUUAACUGGAUGGCGAGUGUUGGCUAAAUUCGCUGGACUUUUUACAAAGUGUUGUGUGACGACUGUACUUGACAUUUUGUGUUCUGAGUGUGCUCAUAAGUGAAUGGUAUCUGACUUUCGCGUGGCCGAGAAGUUAUUGUGAGGUGUGAGAAAUGUUCGCUGGUUUGCUGACCCCAUCCUACCGAUACGCUCUUGCUGUAUUUUGAGCGUCGUGAUUGCAUGAUUUUUUUCAUGUAGUGCCUGCAUACUGAACAUAUGAAGACUUGUGCUGCAGGCGGUAGUCAUCCAAUGCUUUACUUGACAGCUUGUAUCAAUAGUUGUCUGACUCUGUGUUUUUUACAAUACCCAUUUAAACACACAGUUCGGUAAUUCACAUUUCACACACUUCUCAUGAGGCGGGGAUCAUGGUUUUGAACAAGCUGGUCCCGCUGAUCCCAAUAUUUCCUUUCGCCGUUGUUGACACUCAUUAUGAUGUAGUUUUUACCGCCGUGCGGUUGUGGGGCUGGGUCACCUUGAUGGGCCCGGUUGGUCGUCGGGUACCCCGCUACUGUGUCAACUGUUGGUCCACUGUGGAACGGUCUGUGGCCGUGCAAUGCUCGUGUGAUGUUUUUGUGUGUGUAUCGGCCGGCUCCGUUUAGCGUGCUGACGUGUAUUUUUUGGUAAAUUUUGUGGUAAAUGACAAUACAAGUGAUACCUUCUGCG